ACACUUUUAAAUUUAUGGAAAAUUAAUAAUUAGUUUGCUAAAUAUUGGAAUUUGCAGGUUGACCAAAUUAACCAAUUAAUGUAACCGGUCAACAAUUUGUCAACUAUAAAUUCAACUCCUCAUUUCAAUUUUAUUUUUACCACAUCUAAACAUAAUUAACAUGGCUAGGGUUUCACCAUUUUCCUGCACAUUAUUUAUUGCAUUGGUUGCAAUAAAACUAUGCAUUAUUGCCGCUUACAAUGUUGUCGAUUUCGGGGCAAUCGGAGAUGGAAAAACGGACUCGACGUCGUCGUUUCUCAAGGCUUGGGACGAGGCAUGCAACUCGAUUGUACCGGAUGCUACGAUGGUUGUUCCACCGGGAAUAUUCUUGGUGACACAUAUAACUUUUACGGGCCCGUGCAAAAGCAAUAAUACGAACCUCAUAAUAUUUGGAACUAUUAUUGCUCCCGAUGAUUAUAAAUUCAUUGGCUCUGACAAGUUUUGGAUUGUGUUCCAUCGAGUCCACUGGCUUUCGAUCUUUGGUGGUACGCUUGAUGCUAAGGGAUCUAGUUUGUGGGCUUGCAAGAGAGCAGGAAAUAACUGUCCGUUCGGAGCAAGGGUAUAUUGGUCAUUUCACUUUCGAAAUAGUAAAAAUGUACUUUUUAAAAAAAAAUUGAAUUAAUUUUUGAAUUCGAUGAUUUGCAGUCGAUAACGUUCCAAUCGUGCAGCUAUGUGCUAGUCAGUGGUUUGAAAUCGAUCAAUAGCCAACGGAUUCAUAUUUCUAUCAAUCAAUGUUCGAAUAUGACUUUACGAAAAUUGGUAAUAAUUGCUCCGAGUCAAAGCCCUAACACGGAUGGAAUCCACAUUGCAUCUUCGACGGGUAUUACAAUUAGCAACAGCAGUAUUGGGACAGGAGACGACUGCAUAUCCAUCGGGCCGGGCUCCAAGAGCUUGCUGAUGGACCAAAUCGCAUGUGGCCCGGGCCAUGGCAUCAGGAUAAACAGCAUCGGAAGUCUAGGUAGGAAAGCAAUGGAGGAUGGAGUGCAAGAUGUGAACGUCACAAACUCAAUCUUCACAAUGACUCAAAACGGCGUUCGGAUAAAGUCAUGGCCGAGUGCAAAUGACGGAUAUGCCCGAAAUCUUUUAUUCAAGAAUCUCAUCAUGCAAAACGUCUCGAAUCCCAUGAUCAUCGAUCAAGACUAUUGCCCUCACAAGAAUUGUCCUCAAAAGGUACGUACGUACAUAUAUACCCAACGCACAUUUGUAAUUGCGAGUUUCUUUAUUCAAAAAAGGGAAAAUUACAGUUUACAUCCGUCAAGUUUGCACCGAUUUCACAUUUAGUUCU